AUGAAUGACAAUAAACAUGGCCAGGCCCUCCAAGAGGUGCUCAAGAUGGCCCUGAUGCACGACGGUCUUGCUCGUGGCCUCCACGAAGCAGCUAAGGCCCUCGACAAGCGCCAAGCCCACUUUUGCGUCCUCGCCAACAACUGCGACGAAGCCAGCUAUGUGAAGCUCGUGGAAGCCCUGUGCGCCGAACACCAAAUCAACCUCAUCAAGGUCGACAGCAACAAGAAGCUUGGCGAGUGGGCCGGCCUGUGCAAGAGCGACAAGGAGGGCAAGGCGAGGAAAGUGGUCGGCUGCAGUUGUGUGGUGGUCAAGGACUACGGCAAGGACACGCAGGCACACGACGUCCUCACGGAAUACUUCCAGUCUAAGAGGGGAUAACCUGGGCUCUGUUUGCUUGAAUUAAAAGGGGGACACCAUCCUAAAAAAAAA